AAGUAUAAUAAAGUUAAAAUACAGAGGGCCAUUUAUAUAUUUUCCCCGUUUAGAUCCAAAGUCUUCAACUGACAACUGACAGAGUGACGACACAUCACGGGGGGGACGCACAUCAGACGUUGAACUUUGGUUGGGGUCAAAGCCCUAGCGGUCAAACCUAAAACCUCAUCCUCUCCUCGUCAAUGAUCAAUCACAUCAUGAACUCCAUCUCCCCAGCUCCCGCCGAUGCCGAUGCCGACGCCCCCACUUACACCACCAUCCCGAUCUCAGGAGCCGACGUCAUUACCAGAUCAAUACAAAACCUCACUGCCUCCUUCUCCCGCUGCCGCCCAUGGCCGGAUUUCCUAGCCACCAGCACCAUUGACCUCCCUUCCUCCCUCUCCGCCGCCUCCCUCCGCCUCAGAAAGAACGUGAGAUACUUCUCCACCAACUACGCUGUCGUCGCCUCCACGUGCGCCGCCGUGUCUCUCAUCGGCUCACCCGUCACUCUAAUCGUCGUUGGCUUCGGUUUUGCCCUUUGGUUGGUACUCUUCUUCUUCCGAGAAGACCCGAUGGUUAUAAUGGGCCGCCACAUCAGCGAUCGGGCGGUGAUUGUGGCCCUGGUUUUGUGCUCGGCGGCCAUAAUCUGGUUCACGGGAGCGUUAACAAGUUUGUUAAUGGGCGUUUCGGUGGGGGUUGUGGUGGUGGCAAUUCACGGGCUAUUAAGAAACACGGAAGGGCUUUUCCUCGACGAAAACGACGGCGUGACAGACGGCUUGGUCUCGACUUCUCAUAAUCCUAAUGGUGGACUUUCUUAAGUUUCCUACACAUUUACCCCUUUGACUAACUCGAGGCACACCAAAAUUUUAUAUUUUCUUUUGCCCUGCCGCUGCGUUGACUUCUUGACCUUCCCUUCUUUUUUUUUUCCCCUUCUUUUUGACUUGUUUUCUUGUGGAUGCUGAUGUAAACAACUGAAGAAUUUAACUUGCGACUGCAAGUCUGCAAGAUGCUUUGGGUCAUCGUUUGUUUUUCUUAACACCUUGCGGUGUUUGGAGGAUUUUAUUGUAAGGGAGGAAGUGGGUUUGAUUUUAUUGCAAGAUUUUCUGAACGUUUGGUUUUUGA